AUGUUUUUCAUCGGUAUAUCAAUACCUUUCAUUGGUAUUCUAUUAAUUCUUAUUUUUGGUCUUUCAAAUACACGAUAUAUGUUCAGCUAUUAUCUUUCUGGUAAACGGAAAAAACGUCAUUCAAUAAAUAUUACAACAAAUAAUUUACAUAAUUCAUUUUUAACAAUUCAAAUGCAUUCAAUUUUAAAUAAUAUAGACAAUCCAAAAUGUAUUCCAAAUGUUACUACAAUAAUAUCUUUAGAAGAUGACGAAGAAUUAAUGAAAUGUGAUAUAUCAUCUAAUUUUUGCGAUAGUGAUACGAUUGAAUUACGUUUAGAACAAGAUCUUGAUUCUGACAACGAGAUUAUUGACAAUUAA